CUGUGUGUCAAAUUCUCAUCUUUUCAUCAUAUUUUCUUGUUAUAGUUGUUCUGCUUUCAAUAUUCAGCAAUAAAAGUUAUUUAAGUUUCCAGUCACUGUACUUCUAAUUCUUCAAUUUGCUGUCAUUUAGUUCCUCUCCUGCUAUAUGCAUAAAUACCAUUUUUACACUCAAUCUACUUUUAAUUUAUCAUUUUGGUAUCAGAGCUGUGGUUGUAGAAGGCUUUGUUUGUGCUGAUCAUUAUGGCAAGAAAAGGUGGUGGUACAAAAUUUGAGAUUCCACGUUUUGAUGGAUCAAAUUUUGCACUAUGGAAAUUGAAGAUGCAUGCCGUGCUCGUGAAGGAUGGUUGUGCAGUUGCUCUCUUGCUAAGAGAAGAGAAACCUGAAGGAAUGACAGAUAAGCAAUUCUCUGAGAAGGACGAGAUGGCCUUGGCAAAUUUGCAGCUGGCGCUGGACAGCAAUGUUCUGUUCAAUGUAGAGACAGAAUCAACUGCAAAAGGGCUUUGGGAAAAGCUUAAGAAUAUUUAUGAAGGCAAGUCGCUGGCAAACAAGAUUUUUCUAAGGUGGCAGCUUUACAACUUAAAGAUGAAAGAUGGAGGGUCAGUACAAGAGCACCUCAAUGAAUUCAAUUCCCUUACUAGUAAGCUUCUGUCUCUUGAUGUUAAAAUUGAUGAUGAGGAGAAAGGAAGUAUCUUACUAUGUUCUAUGCCUGACUCUUGGGAUAACCUGAUUAUGAGUUUGAGCCAUGUGAAGGUUCUUGAUAUGGACUCUGUUGUAGCAUCACUAUUAACUGAGGAGAUGAGGCGAAAAUCUAGCCAAUCCAGUCCUGGAGAUGCUAUGUAUGCACGUGGGCAUGCGAGGAAGGACUGUAGAGCAAAGAGAGGUGAGGAUUCCAAUACUGACAAUUUUCAAGGAAAUCUUGUACAGAGUCUUGAUUUUGCAGAACACGGGGAUGCCUUGACUGCUUCAAAACGUGUGGAACUAUGCAAUCAGUGGAUUCUUGAUUCAAGUGCCUCCUUCUAUAUGACACCUCAUUGGGAAUGGUUCCACACUUACAAGUCUUGUGCUAGUGGUGUCGUUUACAUGGGGGAGAAUCGUCAGCUAAAGGUAGUCAAAGGCAUUAUGGUUGUGGCAAAGGGUGAACUGGUUGGGAAUUUAUACAGAUUGGUGGGUGAGACUUUAGUGGGAGAAGCUGUUGUUGCAAGCUGUUGCAAGUACCAAGUCUGAAUCCUCUUCUGUUUGGCACAAAUGAUUGGGACAUAUGAGUGAUCGUGGGCUUUAGGUACUAUCCAAUCAAAAACUUCUUCCUGGUUUCAAGAUUGACUCACUGGGUUUCUGUGAAGAUUGUGUGUUUGGAAAACAACAUAGGCUGUCUUUUUCUUUGUCAACAAAUAGAAGCCAUAAAUUCCUUGACUUGAUUCAUGCUGAUACUUGUCAAGUUCUCGUUGUUUCUAUUGGUGGGUGUUCUUACUUUGUGACAUUCAUUGAUGAUUUCUCCCGAAAUGUAUGGAUUUUCAUGCUCAAAAAGAAAUCUGAUGCUUUUGA